CAGAGGAUGCUGGUUUGGUCUCCCAGCACAACAGUAAUGGUACCACUUUCUUAACUACCCACCACCUCUAUUCACUGAGCAGUAAAAAUAUGUGCACCCCAGUUUGUCUAUUGGCAGAUUACGUGUGGUGGGGUAAAGUGCGGGUAGUCCCACCAAUUCCAAGGCGUAUGACCAGUAUGGAACGCUAAAUACCUUCGAGAUAAUCUCUCUAGAGCUCCCGCUGGUGGAAUCCCUAUUUCCAGCAGCGCUCAGAGCAAGCAAUUGCAGGGCUGCACUUUCCCCAUCAUUUUCGAGAUUUCGAAAAUCUAGAAAAGUGGCUCGGCUAGAGGGCACCUCGAACCUUUUUUGUGGGCUAAACGCAAGAGCGGCAUUCAUAGUAAUUUUGCUGAUGUCAUUUCAUUCGCAGGCUCGGUACGAUUCUUCUUCAUUCCGACACAUCAGAUAAGAAGAACCGCACGAGACUCCAGUGCAACUCCUCGCCAGGCUUACCGUCACCACCGCACCUCCUCACCCGCCCCCCCUCCAUGCGCCGUCGAGCGACCAGCUCGGCCGGCGCCAUGGCCCUCCUUCCAAAGACUCCAUCGCCGCUGGCCGCCAUCAUUUUGCUGGCACUUGCAGCCAGCGCGUCGGCCGCCAGCAUGACGGUGGAGACGCACCGGCACGAGCCGGGCAGCGUCGGCGCCGCACCACACGACUUGCCGCACCGCAACCAGACGUUGGGCGGCGGCUCGGACGAGCAGCAGCUGCAGCCCAUCGUCUUCCACCACGUGUACAACAUCAAUGUCCCGCCGGGAUCGCUGUGUGCCGUCGACCUGGACGCGGGCCCCCCCGACGGCGCCGGCUUCGACUCCAGGUCUGUGGUCGGCAGCGGUAGCGGCGACGGCGACAUCGGCGGCGGCGAGUCAGACCUGGGCACCUUCACGCAGAAGACGCACGAGACGGGCGGCCAGGUGGUGUUCACGCACCGCAUCAGCAUCCCCAAGCGGGCGUGCGGGUGCAGCACGGAGGGGCUUCCCGACCUGCGGGAGCUCGUGCGGCGCGUGGAGCUCAUGGAGCAGGAGAUCUCGUCGCUGCGCCAGCAGUGCUCCUCUGCCGCGUGCUGCGGAGCAGCGCCCGGAGCCGUAGGUGGCACAGACAUCGCGUCGCCCUGCAACGGGCACGGCACCUUCAGCACCGAGUCGUGCGGCUGCGUCUGCGACAAGGGCUGGACGGGCAAGACGUGCUCCCAGCCGGCGUGCCCCAGCGACUGCGGCGGGCGCGGCACCUGUGUGGACGGCGUCUGCGACUGCGAGGAGGGCUUCGGCGGUCCCGACUGCGGGCAGGCCACCUGCCUCAACGACUGCAGCAACCGCGGCGUGUGCGUCAACGGCGUCUGCGUCUGCGAGCGGGGCUUCGUGGGCGCCGACUGCUCCCAGCCGGGCUGCCCCAACGACUGCAACGGCAGGGGCCGCUGCGUCGACGGCAAGUGCUUGUGCGCCCGGGGCUUUUCGGGAGAGGACUGCCGCGAGUCGCGGUGCCCCAACAACUGCAACAACCGCGGCCGCUGCGUCAACGGACGGUGCGUCUGCCAGAGGGGCUAUGGCGGCGAGGACUGUGGCGAGGGGGGAGCGUGUGCCAACGACUGCAGCGACCACGGGAAGUGCGUGGCCGGGAGGUGCGUGUGCGAGCCGGGGUUCACCGGCCCCGAGUGCAGCGUGCUCAGCUGCCCCAACGACUGCAACGGGCACGGCUUCUGCGACAACGGCAUCUGCGUCUGCGACAAAGGCUUCGUCGGGGAGGACUGCAGCACGCCUUUCAUCGGCCCCAAAGAAAUGUCCUUCAAUUACAUCACGGAGUCUUCAGUGCAGGUGGGGUGGGCAGCUCUACCCUUCCCCGUCGAGAGCUGGGAGAUCACGUUCACGUCCGAGGACACCCCAGACGGACUUCUGUCGACGCUGAGCAGCACCGAGACGAGCCACACGCAGACCGGUCUGGAGCCUGGCGUCAAGUACGACGUCUCCCUGGUGGCCAUCAAGGACAACAAGAAGAGUCAACCCACCACGUCCUUCUUCAGCACCUUGAUCGACAGCCCCAAGGAUCUCAAGGUGGAUGACGUGAAGGACACCACGGCGCAGCUGUCCUGGACCUCUCCGUCCGCCUUGGUGGACGGCCUCGUGCUCACCUACGGCCCGACCAGACCAGGCGCUCGCAAGACGGAGGUGCCGCUGCAGCCCACGGUGACGGACCACGCGCUGCAGGGCCUGCGCCCGGGCGUGCAUUACACCGUCACCCUGCACUCCGUUCGCGGCCCCCAGAUGAGCGACAAGCAGAUCCAGAGCUUCGUCACCGCUAUUGACGGGGCAAAGAAUCUGCAGGUGGUGUCAGUGACCGACUCGACGAUGGACAUCGAGUGGGAGAACACCCAGUCUCCCAUCGACCACUACACGGUGCAUUACACCACCUCGUCGGGUGACCCACCAGGCGACAUCAAGGUGUACAAGAGCCCACAGCCUACCACUAAGACAACCAUCACUGGCCUGCAGCCUGGAACUGAAUACAAGAUAUCUGUGGUGGCUGUGAAGGGAAGCAAAGGAAGUGCUCCAGCAAGUACGACCGGACGAACUGUCAUUGACGGUCCAAAGGACCUGCAGGUCACCAAUUCUAGUGACACCACCAUCUCGCUCAGCUGGACGGCUCCCAGCACCAGCUUCGACCGCUACACCAUUACGUUUGCCUCGGAGACCAGCGACGACGGGCGGGAGGUGACCGUCCCGGCCGACGCUACCACGGCCACCCUCUCUGACCUGGAGCCAGGCACAAAGUACGCCAUCCGCCUGCGGGCCGAGAAGGGGUCUGUACACAGCGCCUGGGCCUUCACCAGCGGAAAGACUGGCUGCAAGCCGGCCACUGCAAUGCGGUUUUCGGAUAUCACUCCGACCAGCUUAGUGGCAUCUUGGGCAUCGCCACCCGCUACACCCGACUACUAUAUUGUCAAGUACAGCCAGAGGAACAGAGAGCCACACACGGUCGCAGUGAGUGGAGGACAAAACUAUGUGGUGUUGUCUGACUUAAAACCUGACACAGAGUACAGAGUGCGGGUCAUUUCCGUCAAAGGAGUGUCUUCGUCCAAACCCCUGAUUGGUGACGUCUUCACAGCUUCAGGAAGCCUCCAGCCACCGUGCCCCGAAGCGAACGCCGAGGAUGAGGAUCUGAAUAGCAGAGAAACGGGGGAACCAGACUACGUCGAGAUACAGUCUGCCUCCAACGACGCGCAAAAAUGCAAAUUCACAGAGAACGCCAAGUCAGCGUUGACCACGCCACCCCCCGUCGACAAGGAGCUGUACGGCCUCAGCCCUAUUGACGUAGAGUCCUCAACGAUGAGGCUGUCGUGGGCGUCGAAGCCCUUCGCUUUCCAGACCUUUGUCGUAAAGUACGGGCCGGUGUCCGCCGGGAAGAUGCGUAAAGUAGUGGUGGCCGGAGAUUCCCGGUCGCUCGAAAUUUCAGGGCUAAAAGGCAACACCGAGUACGUGGUUUCACUCGCAGGGGUGCGUGAUGAUACCCUAUCACCGCCACUGACAAUACGUGUCACGACAGCCACAGCCUCCGUCCGCGUGAGAAGAAGCCUUAAUUUGAGGCGUCCAGACAGCGUCCACAAGAAGCAGUUGGCUGCUACGCUUAAGGAUGAAGGUGAAAUCUCGAGCCAAUUGACAGACGUGUCAGCCUCGAUACCCCACAGCAAACGCGGGUCUGACAAUCACGUUUCAGGGGACAAAGCAGGUCUGGAGGUGACACUUGUAAAGUCUGCAUCUGUGAUUGACGGCAAGGCACCCGAAGCUAAAUCUGAGAACGGUUAUUUCUCCGAGAUAUAUUCCUUCCUCAGUGGUUUAACUACAGAUUUCAGCAGCUCAGCUAAGGGAAAAGCGAUAGAGACUCCCCGGAACAUUGACUUUAAGGACAUCAGGGAGACAUCCGUCGUCGUGGCCUGGAUCGCUCCGUCCGCCGACGCAGACAGCUUCAAGAUCGCUUACGUCCCAACGGCUGGAGGCGAGCCCGAGAGCCGGCGGGUGGCUUCGUCGCUGACGGAGGUCAUGCUGACCCGCCUGACCCCCGGCACGGAGUACGAAGUGAACCUUAUCAGCGUCAAGAGCUUCCAGGAGAGCGAUCCCCUUAUGGGGACCUUCACCACCCUGCUGGGUAGCCCGUCCGUUCUGAGCGCGGAGGAUGUCACCGACAGCUCGGCCCUGCUCAAGUGGAAGCCCACGAUAGGCCCCGUGGACACCUACUCGCUCACCUACAGCUUCGAAGAUGGAGAGCCCGUGACCGUCACCGUUUCGGGCGGCACGGUUGAAUACCAGCUGACCGACCUGAAUCCCGACACGCCGUACAUCGCCAAGGUUCGCGCGGUCAAGGGAGCCCAGCAGAGCGCGGACACGGCGGUCGCCUUCGUCACCGCCCGAAAGAAGACGAGCUUCCCCAUGGACUGCAGCGAGGCCUUGCAGGGCGACCAGGCCAGCGGCGUGUUCACCAUCUUCCUGAAUGGCAACGCCAGCCAGCCACUGUCGGUCUACUGCGACAUGACCACCGAUGGCGGAGGAUGGAUCGUCGUACAGAGGCGUCAAAACGGGCUCACGGACUUCUUCCGUAACUGGAAGGCGUACGAGAAAGGCUUUGGAGACAUCAACGAUGAAUUCUGGCUCGGCCUCCAGAACAUCUUUGCGCUGACGUCGCAAGGGCGCUACGAGCUGCGCGUGGACCUGCGGGACGGCGAGUGGGGCGCCCAUGCCGUGUACGACCACUUCUCCGUGGCCAACGCCAGUGGCCUCUACCGGCUCAAAGUCGGCGAAUACAGCGGGACGGCCGGAGACUCGAUGACCUACCACGAGGGCCGUCCGUUCUCGACGGUGGACCGGGACAACGACGUGGCCAUCACCAACUGCGCCAUCUCCUACCACGGCGCCUGGUGGUACAAGAACUGCCACCGGGCCAACCUCAACGGCAAAUACGGAGACAAAAGCCACAGCCAGGGCGUCAACUGGUACCACUGGAAAGGCCACGAAUACUCGGUUCCGUUUGUGGAGAUGAAGAUUCGCCCGUUCGCCGCCGCCAAGAGGGGCAGCAGACAGCACCUGCGGAAUUAGACGUGGGCGUCGAUUGAGCAUGUGGGUUGGCUACGUACGAUGAAAAAGAAGUUCAACGUACUUGCAUUCAUUGAAGGAAGAGAUGCCCCUGCCCCUGCACCCACCGCCCCCCUCCCCAAAAAAAAAAUUACGAAACAGCUUUUUGCCUUUUGUAGACACACAGACACGGAGCCUGUAGGUCCGACGUGAGAUUGAAGUUUGUCAGCGAGUGAAAUACUUUCGAAUUACUCUUUUGGCAUGCCGUCGUAGUGGCAUUGCAGUGACAUCGUAGUAAAGUGUAAAUCAAUUCGAACAACACGCUCCGCACAACCUGAGAACACAUCGGAGAGCUGUUCACUUAUGUCGCAGCGCGAUCAUGAGGUCAAAUUUUAGUUUUUCAUUAACGAAGCUUCAAUCUCGUGCCGGGCAGCCCAGGUGAACACAGCUCCUAGCUACGUAGGUGAGUAAUAUCUGCGAAAUGAGAGCUGUCCGGCUCUCAGAUGUGUUUUCAGGCUGUACCAUUUGUCAUUUGGUAUCAUGUCCGUCGUUUUACGCCACGUUCUGAGACCUUAUCCAGGGACAAAAUUGAGCAUCUCCCGUUCUACCUUGAUUACGUAAACGUCACCGGCUGCUGACGAUCAUCGUCAAGAACCAGCCACAUGAGCGGCACUCCAGCGACGCUCUAUAAUCAAGGGAGAACGGCGAUCUGUGCUCAAUUCGGUUCCCGGAGAAGCUCCCAGCACGUGGAGCGAAACGUCGGACAUUAUCCCAAAGUACAACGCGGCAACGACCCGAAAACAAAUCGCGGUGAUCUGUCCAACUCGACCGCGAUGACCUACGCAGUCGAAUAACAGCUGAUUUGCUUUCUGUAGAGUUGUCUUACGGACAGUGCUGACGGUUGACCGACACGUUGGGUUCCACGUUGAAAGUCAACGGGUCAACAAUUACACAUCAUGCAUUCGGGUAUUUUUGGUUUUGUUUUUUAAACGUCACGCGCAGCGUCCGUGAGUCGUAUCAUCAGACUAGCUUGCUGCCAGCACUGCGCUCUAACAGUUGACAAAGAGAUUUGAAAGAUCAGUUUAUAUAUUAUUAACAAGCAUAGAGACAUUACUUUAUUACGACGAAAUGUUUCAUUUAUGUUGUUUCAUUUGGGUCAACUCCGUCUAUGUUAUUUUACCAAUCAGAAGCAAGGAACGGAGAGUUUAGAUACACGAUCAAACCUCUAGCUUGGUGACUGCCCACCAUCCAAUUGCUUCUGUUGUUAUACGAUGUUAUUUCAUGUAGUAUUGAGAGAGUUUAUUCAAUAGAGUGUAUUACAUUAUAUUCAGUAUCCAAAAGAAUCGACAUUUUUUGUCAUCUGUGUCCUAGAAUAAACACGUUUGCUUUUUGCAAGACAUUGAUACUUAACCCCUGCAUAGACGCCUCUGACGGGUUAAAAGUUGUGAAUGGUGCUAGAAAAAAAAGUGAUUACAAAUUUCACACUGCCUGAACUCACCUUCGCUUACUCUGGCUAAGAUAUUUGCUGUUUUGAGAAUAUUUUUACCAAUGCACUGUACAUAAAAGAGAUGCUUAUAUAAACGGUCAGUAAACAAAACUUGUGAAACUCAUAGCUUUGUAUUGCAAUAUAUUUUAAUUUUGAAAAACAAAUCUUAAUUAUAUAUAUCUCUCUCUUGGAAGAAAAAAAAUUCGACUUAACAUGUUUAAGAUUAAGAAGUUUAAGAUCGGCAUUACUGCAGCUCGAAUUUUGGAGGGCAUUGUCAAGAGGUUACUGUGGUGCCAAAGCUUUUUUUUGUCUUGUAUUUAAGUAAAUGUAUAUGAAUAAAUUGGUUAAGUCCCUUGGAGUUAAAACUAUAUCCAAAUUGGAACAUUUUCAGUUUAAUUGCUCUAUAUGCUGUGGAUGUGUUUCAAGAAGGGGUGGAAUGAUUUACCCGCCGCUGGCAAUUCAAUGACUUCUCGUGAACUGCCACCUCCAGCGGCUGCAGGAGUGACAUUGAUUUUUACGUGUGCUUCAAAAUGUAUCCCAUGAAUCGAUGUAUCAUCCCACCCUUAAAUUCGAGACACUGGCGAUGUUGUCAAGCUUAAAGUUAAGUACCAGCAUUUUACUUGCUGGAAAUCUGCAUUUUAUCCAGUAGAAUGUCAGUGUUUAUGCCAUCAGACCUGUUAUGUUUUUUUGAAUAAUCUUAAGAUGCCUCUCAUCAUAAAUGCUCCUGUUUGAAUGAAAUGCUUUAUUAAAUCAACAUCGGCUUCAUAUUCCCUGUACAACAGUGUAUUGCAAUAAAUGGGAAUGAUCCUCAACAA